CUCCUCUUUUUGUAUUCCACAUCCAUUUUCCUUUGCUCUCGUUUUCCCUCACUUUCUCGCCUCCCAAAAACGCCCCCCUCUCUGCUCCAAUGGCCGACCAGCUCACCGACGACCAGAUCGCCGAGUUCAAGGAGGCCUUCAGCCUCUUCGACAAGGAUGGCGAUGGUUGCAUUACUACCAAGGAACUUGGGACUGUAAUGCGGUCACUUGGGCAAAACCCAACUGAGGCAGAGUUGCAGGACAUGAUAAAUGAGGUUGAUGCUGAUGGCAACGGAACCAUCGAUUUCCCGGAGUUCCUCAAUCUGAUGGCUCGCAAGAUGAAAGACACUGACUCAGAGGAGGAGCUUAAGGAAGCUUUCCGUGUGUUCGACAAGGAUCAGAAUGGUUGCAUUACUACCAAGGAACUUGGGACUGUAAUGCGGUCACUUGGGCAAAACCCAACUGAGGCAGAGUUGCAGGACAUGAUAAAUGAGGUUGAUGCUGAUGGCAACGGAACCAUCGAUUUCCCGGAGUUCCUCAAUCUGAUGGCUCGCAAGAUGAAAGACACUGACUCAGAGGAGGAGCUUAAGGAAGCUUUCCGUGUGUUCGACAAGGAUCAGAAUGGUUUUAUAUCUGCUGCUGAGCUCCGCCAUGUUAUGACAAAUCUGGGGGAGAAGCUGACCGAUGAGGAGGUUGAUGAGAUGAUUCGCGAGGCUGAUGUCGACGGCGAUGGCCAGAUCAACUAUGAGGAGUUUGUCAAAGUGAUGAUGGCCAAGUGAGGACAAAUCAACCAUAACCAAAAUUUGAAAAGCAUACAAGAGGGACAGGGCAGAUAAGUUUUGUUGGGAAUUCUAUUUCCACUAGGUCAAUCUUCAUUUGGGGUUAUUAGCUUUUGUUAGUUGAGUGUCUAUUUUCUUGUUUGCUUUAAUUGGUACUGCUGCUCCUUAGUAUCCUUAUUUGUUUCCUCUGUCCCUCGUUUCUUAGUAUCCUACUUGUUUGCUCUAUCCCUUGUUUUAGUAGCUUCCUUUAGCUGUGUCUCACCAUGCUUUGUUACUCCAUUUUCAUCUUUUUUGGUUAUUAUUAUGAAACCUAGAACAAUUGGAUGCAGUUUGUGUUUUUUACAUGUGGGUGGCUAAUGCUGUUAAUAUU